GUUGCUACAUUUUUUGCACAAGAAUAUACUGUAUCGAGUACUGAUAUUUACUUGUUUUUACUACUGAUCAGUUACUACUAACGGAGAUAUUAGGAAUGACAUCGUCAAAAAAUACGAAGAGAAUGUGGAUUGAAUUAUCAGAACGCAAGGAAAGUGAUUGGAGAAAAUGUUUUAAAAUAUGUCAGCGAGCAUUUCAAAAUGAUCCUUUCUACACUUACACACACCCGGAUCCAGAAAUUCGGCGAGAAUUUUUGAAAGUCUAUUUCGACUAUUUAUAUCCAGCUAUUUUUCAAGAUGGCAAAGGUAUAUUAGUUGUAAUAAAAGCUGAAGACGAGGAAGGAAUCAAAAUAAUUGGUGGAAUGUCAGUUACAAUGUAUCAGGAUGAGGAAUUAGAAAAUGAUCACACAGCUUUACUAGCAGUUGAUAGAGACGGUUGGAUGAAACAUUCAAGACGUGAUGACUGGGAAUAUAAAACCUAUUACUAUAAAUUACAAGAAUUGGCAGACAAAUUAGGUACAAACCUUAUGCCUGGCGUGUUUCAAAUAGUGGAUGAUGGCUACAGAGGAAAAGGUAUUGGAUCAAAAUUCGUCAUGCAAGCGGUGCAGAUGAUGAGUGACGAAGUCGUAAAAAGAAAGCGUCUCGCUGGAAUAGCAAACCCAAAACCUCCCCUGGCUCAUUGCAUCUGUGAUCAUGAAAGGUCUAGGAAUUUCACGAAGAAAAGUGGAUUCAUAGAAGUGGCUCAAUUACGUACAAAUAACGUUGGAGUUCUAGGCAAAAAUACAUCCCAUAUAUGGAUAUUUUUACUUCCACCUGAGGAUCCGAGUUGGAUUUAUGAAGCCAGAAAAAUGUUUGCUCAUUCAUCGAAUCUGUAAACAUUUCUUUUUGUGCUCCAUACUUAUCAGGCACAUAUAAGCAUUGCGGGACUUAUGUGAACUAACUCGAAUUAAAUAGUUUCUCAGCUGCCAAUGUUUGACGGAAUAAUAGUCUGGAGGAAAUUACUAACAGUCAUGAGUUAUACCCUUUAUAAAAAC